AUGUCGGAUAAUUAUGAUUGGUGGCAAGGGCGUAGCAAUCAAUCGUGGCAAGAUGAUGAGUGGAGUAAUCACUAUAGUGAUCAGCGGUGGUUUUCUAGUGACUGGUCUCAGGGGCACUGGGAUGUAGAGUCGUCAUGGAAUCACACCCCCUACUCUAGUAGAAGGUCAUCAUGGACUACGUGGUCGGCACCUCAUUCAGAACAUGAUAGGCAAGAAAGAGCAGAUUCCGGCAGAUGGUGGAACACACCGAAGGGCAGAUUUUGGGGAGACACGCUCGACGAGGCCGUAGAGUGGGCAGUGAAGCAAGGAUGGAUCACCACCGACAAGGCAUUUUGCCAAUGGUGGAGCAGUCAAAAUGAGGCAAUCCCUGAAUCACUUGAUGAAGGGACAGAAGAACCAAUUCCUGACCUCGAACCCAUCGACGCCAGUGGUGAAGGCGACAGGCCUACUAGCUCAGUGGGUAGCAGCGAGAAGGUCAGGUAUGGGAAGGACUCCAUUCCUGAGUUUGAUGGCAGCACCACCAUGAGAGAGUAUAGACGAAGAGUCAAGCUCUUUGAGUCAGUGACGUCCAUAUCUCCUCAGUAUCGAGCAGGCAGGCUGCUUGAACGUCUUUCUGGACUAGCUUGGAAGGCAGCAGAGACUUUGGACCUCGAGAGCAUCAAGACUGAAAAUGGCGUGAGUGUCCUUCUGGCUCACCUGGACCAGGAGUUAGAGCCGCUGGAGUACAUGAAGACGUUCCAGGUGCUCUCCCACUUCUUUGACCACUUCAAGCGCCAACGAGGUGAACAGAUGAGCAGCUAUGACACUUCCUUUAGAAUCCAGUGCGACAAACUCCGUGAGGUUGGAUCGCCACUCGAGGGCACAGCUCAAGCUUGGUGGUUUUUGCAGAAGGCUGGCAUCAGUGAUGACACCCGUCAGAAGGUAGUAUCAGCUGCUGGGGGCGUGUACGAUUAUCUCAAACUUCGUCAGGCCUUGGUAGCUAUCAUUCCAGAUGUCCACAAACAUGCCGAUUCUUCCAAAUCAGCGGACAGCAGCAUGAAUGGACCUGGUCCCAGGAAGUGGAAGAAUGCCAAGAAAUUCCAUGGGGCUCAUCGGGUCAAUGCCGUUGCUGAAGCUGGAGAGGAUGAUGGCGACGAGGGUGGCUUGGAAGAUGGUGAACUUUCUGAAGCUGGCCAGUUAGAAGUUGAGGCGGAAAUACUCAUGACACAUGCUGCCCGCAAACGGGCAGAAGCUGAAAAGGGACGUGGCUUUAGUCAGAGUUCCAAGUCACGAGAAACUCCAGAGGAAAGGGCACGACGCAUUGAAGCUCUCAAACAGAAGCUUCCAUGCAGUGCUUGCAAGGCAGCAGGAGUGCUGGCUUACGGUCACUGGCAUAGUGACGAAGCAUGCCCUCAGAGGAAAGGAAAACCCAAUGAGACAUUUGUGACCUCCAAUCUUCAGAACACUUCUGAUUCUGAUGGUGAUAGUCUGGAGGAUGCUUUCGCAGUGAAACUUACCGGCACCGUGGACCAGAAGGAUCUCCAAGUGCUGAUGCAGACCGCCAGCUUGAGAAAAGAGAGUCAGUUGCUGGCUUUGUCGGAUACUUGUUGUGCCCGGAGCGUAGCAGGUGAGAAAUGGAUGAUAUCCCAUCUCACCAGGUUGCAUCAUCAGCAGAUUCCUUUUUGGUGCCAUCGAGAGCAUGAACCAUGUCGUUUUGGUGCUGGACCGAGAACUUAUUCCAAGUGGGCAGUGGUUUUCCCCCUGGAGUUUGUCAACAAGCAGAAGAACAUCAGCUGCCCAGAGGUGUGGAUCCGUUGCAGUGUGGUUUCUGAUGACGUGCCAUUUCUUUUGAGCCGCCCCACCAUGAAGGCUCUUGGGGCGGUCAUGGACUUGGGCCAGUCGCAGCUUGUGCUCAGUGCCAUUGGUGUGCAGCUUCCAUUGGCAGUGACAAGGACUGGCCUGGUUGGAUUCAGCAUUAUGAGUGAGAACUCCUUGGUUCCUUCGGACGCACGUCGCGUUCGAUUUGAGGACUUUGAGGUAGAGAAGGCAGUCAUUGGUGAAAACAUCAAUGAAGUUGAGAUCAUUCCUCAACAAUCCACUGAAUUCUUGAUUCUUUCAAUGACUUCGAUGGAGACUGCACCUCGGCGAAAGAACGAAUUCGUGGAGGCCCUCCUGCCUUUGACACGUUUGUCUCGUGCUCAGUUGGCAGACAUGCGUGUCGAUCAGCUAAAAAUGGCAUGGCAGUCUCUGAAGCCCGCCAAGCAGGCACCUGUUCUCCCGGCAAACUGGAAGAAAGAAGACAAAGCUGUAUUGCAGCAGUUGUACGAGAACCACGUGGUGGACUUUUACAAGAAGAGCAAAGAUGGUCAUUGGAUGGGUUGGACUCGUGCCAAACUCAUUCAAGAGCUCACCUGGUUUCAGACCGAAGUGCAGGAGAUGAUGGAUGCUCCCGAUGGUCAACCCUCGGCGCCACAGUGUCCAGAUUGUGGACUGCCUAUGGUCGAGAGGACCAAUCGUAUGGACUCGUCGCUGUUCUUUGGAUGUCAGCGCUUUCCCUUGUGUCGUUCUACUCUGCCAUCUACCUUUGCUGGAAAGCCAACGGCAGUGGUGCAGAAGAUGCAGAAGGCAAAGGAGGAAAAGCAGUACCAGGAGUGGUUGGCCAAGAAAAGCAGCAGCUCUGGCUACAAGAUCAGCACAGAGGACGAUGGAGAAGAGAUGAAUGGCAAUGCUUUGCGACGUGCUCAGAGGAAGACUCCAUCGACCGGAGAGAGCUCCGAUUGGGAGAUUGCCGAGGGAGCGGGCAAGAAGAAGAUGGUCGCGCUGACUCCAGAGGAAGUGACACUUCUUCAGGAAGCUCGCAAGCAGAAGCAGUCCGAGCAGAAGAAGAACUGA